AAGCAGGCAAGUGGAAGAAGGAGUAGCAGCAAGCGAAGAAGGGGAUGUCUUAAUGUGCCAGUCACUGAGUGUAACUAAUAUGACCUCCACACGACAUGAAGGCACAGACAGUGCUGUCUGUCUUCUUCAUUCUCAUACCAUCUCUGAGUGGAUCUGAAGAUAAAUUCUUUUCAGCUUUCUUCAAUCAUGUUAGUAGCAUGAAUGAGCAAAUUGUCAUUGGAAGACUUGAUGAAGAUAUAAUUCUCCCUUGCUCAUUUGAGAGUGGGUCCGAAGUCGUAAUUCACUGGAAAAAUCAAGAUACCUACAAUGUUCACAGUUACUACAAAGGCAGUGACCAUUUGGAAAGGCAAGAUCCCAGAUUCACAAACAGGACAUCCCUCUUCCAUAAUGAGAUUCACAAUGGGAAUGCCUCUCUGUUUUUCAGAAGAUUAAGCCUUCUAGAUGAAGGAAUUUAUUCCUGCUAUGUGGGAACAGCAAUUGGAAAGAUCACAAACAAAGCGGUGCUAAAGGUGGGAGCUUUCCUCAUGCCUGUGCUGAAGUACGAAAAGAGGCACACAGACCGCUUCUUAGUAUGCAGUGUGUUAAGUGUUUAUCCUCGUCCACUUAUCACAUGGAAAAUGGACCGUACACCUGUCUCGCAAAGCAAUACAGAAGAAGAUGGGUCUUUGGGUCCUUUUUAUAUUAACAGUACACUGAAUAUUACAGGAUCAAAUUCAUCUUAUGAAUGUGCUAUUGAAAAUUCACUGCUGAGGCAAACAUGGACAGGGCGAUGGACAAUGGAAGACAGCCCUCAUAAAAUGCAAAGGGAACAUGUUCCCCUCUCAUGUCAACUUGUAAACAAAUUUUUUCCACCAAAUCAAGACUUCAGAGUUACUUGGUCCAGAGUGGAAAGUGGGACUUCCUCGGUUCUGGCUUGCUAUCUGAGCUCCUCACAAAAUAUAAUUAUCUAUGAACCCCGAUUCUCAUGGAACAAAGAGCUGAUCAACCAGAGUGACUUCUCUAUGACUUUGACAGAUCUUCGUCUUGCAGACAGUGGGGAAUAUUUAUGCAAUAUUUCUUCAAGUGAAUAUACUUUACUUACCAUGCACACAGUGCAUGUAGAACUGAGCCAAGAAACAGCUUCCUGGAAAAUAGCUUUUCAAAUUUUGGUGUUUUUUCUGACUUUGGUGGCUUUUCUGAUUUUGAUAGUAAAAUUUCGCCAUAAAUUAAGAAGAUGUGUCAAUAUCAUCACAGAUAGGUCUCAUGUCUCUACUGAUGAGAGAACAAGCAGUACUAAUAAAGCACAAGAAAACAUGCCUCUUUCAGAAUACCCAGCCAGUACAGGAAAUGAAGACAGACCGAGACAACACAGGACAAGCAUCCUUAAUAUCUAGUGACUUCAUCUCCUGUUUCUCCACCACGUUCCCAGAAAACGUCUUGUCAGACCGGACAAUUCUACCACUGUGAAUACCUGUACCAACUCUCUUUUUCAGUAUCACAUUCACGCUUCAAGACAUAAGCAUCGUUCACUGAACCCCUGCCUGCAUUAAGAUUAUAAAUGCCUGGAUGCUAAGGAUUCCAAUUCAACUUAGAACAGAACUGUCUUAUUCAUUUACAUUCCUGUUGCAGUCUGCCCAGGGGUCUACCGUGAGGUUUCCACCAAGAACUCCAAAGAAAUGUAUCACUAGGAGAUCAUUCAGAACCUGGUGAACUGAUAAUGGGUGAGAGAAGAGAUGGAAGCAGAAGUCACAUUAGCGAAAGGGUUAAAAACCUGGGCCUGGAAAUCAAGACCAUUGAUUCGACAAGGUAGUUUACUCUAGUUUUAUACAAAUGGUUGUGAGAGUGUAACCAACAAGAUUUAGUAUGGUGAGUCUUAGGGACACCAAAGAGUGAGAAUGUCAGUAUCUCCAAGACCACUUAGGGAAAAGGGCUCUAUCAAUUCAAGAACUGAUAUCUCUGGAGCUGGGUUAUACCUUCCAAUACCAGGCUUGCACAGCCAAGUGACCCUAGCCAUGAAGAUAAAUAUGAUGAACUUUUCUGGCUCAGUUAGCAUGUUGUUAAUCAGCCUUCUAAUAAAUUUAGAUUUCCAUAUAAAUUUUUAUGCAAGGAAAGAAUGGAGAGCCCAGCUGACUUGAUGAUCUAUCCUUUUUAAUUUUAAUCAUUAAUUUAUAUGAAAGAAAUUAUCCAAUGUUAAUCCUAAUUUGUCACUAUAACCAGGCUUUUUGUGACUUAGUCAAAGUUUAUAAUUUAUAGGACAAAAACUCUGAAUUGUGGUAUUCCUGCCACAUGAUCCAAUUUUCUCUAUCAGCUGACCUCAGUUUCACAAUCCCACACCUUGUACAUAGUUUUUGCUAUAAUGUUGUGACAGGUGUUUAUAAACAGUAUAGUGUUAGU